AUGACGAGUACAACAUCGCCUGAGGCGGUCAUCGCAGCCAUGCGUGACAUCGAACGAGCCUCGUCCUCGGAGGACGAGAAGCACUACGACAGCAAGCAGGGCGGCGUCGCUCCUCUGUACUCAAAUGGCACUCCCGCCUCGGACCCCAGCUUGAUCUACGAUGCAGCACGCGAGAAGAAGCUCGUCCGCAAGAUCGACUUGUACAUCGUCCCCACGGUAGCUGUGCUGUACCUCAUGUGCUUCGUCGACCGCGCCAACAUCGGUAAUGCUCGUAUCGCCGGCUUUGAACGCGAUGUGGGAAUGAACCCACGAUCGUACGACUUCAACAUCCUCCUCACGGCCUUCUACGCUGCCUAUGCUGCGUUCGAAAUCCCUUCCACCACCUUGACCAAGAUCAUCGGUCCUGGACGAUGGAUCCCCAUCAUGGCGUUCCUCUUCGGCUUGCUCAGCUUGGCCAACGCCUUUGUGACCAACUUUGCCAGUGCCGUCGCUGUGCGAUUCUUGCUUGGUGUGGCCGAGGCGGGUAUGCUUCCCUCCAUUGCUUACUACCUCAGUCGUUGGUACAAGAAGGACGAGCUGGUGUUCCGUCUCGGUCUCUACCUUGUUACCGCCCCUUCCGCCGGUGCUUUCGGUGGUCUGCUGGCUUCGGGUAUCCUCAAGCUUCCCGAGAUGGGCAUGGUGAGGAGCUGGGAGAAGAUCUUCUUGAUCGAAGGUCUCAUUACGAUCAUCGUGGCCAUCAUCGGCUACUUCACGCUCACCGACUCGAUCUCCUCAGCUCGCUGGCUCUCGGAAGACGAGAAGAAGUUCCUGCAAGCCCGUCUCAAGUCGGAGCUCGUCGGUCAGAAGGAUCUCAUUGACAGGACGCACAAGAAGCUUCUCUGGAGGGGUAUCACCUCGACCACCUCGCUUGCCUGCGCCUUCAUGUUCCUGCUCGACAACAUUGCUGUGCAGGGUACCGCCGUGUUCCUGCCUACUACCGUUCGUGGCAUCUUCCCCGCACCCAGGUACACUGUGAUCGACCAGCAGCUCUUGACGGUGCCUCCCAACAUUGCGGGCGCUAUCGCGACGUUGGCCUUCGCCUACGCUUCGGCCAAGUUCAAAAUUCGCUCGGUCUUCACCAUCGCCGGCUCGCUCGUCAUGACGCUCGGAUACGCCAUGUUUGUCGGCUCGAACAACCUCUACGUUCGCUACGCCGCCUCGUUCUUUGCGACCUCGGGUGCCUUCACCCAGGGAGCGCUCCUGCCCGCCUACGCAGCUGUCAACGCUAACAACGACAGUGAGCGCGCCGGUGCCAUCGCUGUCACGGUGUUCUUCGGCAACAUCGGUGGUCUGAUCAGUUGCUGGACCUACCUCAACCGCUACGCGCCCAACUUCUUGCCCGGCAACGGUCUCAACUUGGCCGGCGGUAUCACCAUGGCGCUGAGCGGUGUGCUCCUCGUCACUUGGCAGCGAUGGGAGAACAAGCAGAGGGAUGCUGGAAAGAGGGACCACAGGCUGGAGGGCUUGACCGAGGACGAGAUCUACCUGCUCGGCUCGGACCACCCCCACUUCCGUCUGAGGUACUGA